AUGGCGGUGAAGACUAAUGGGAUUGUUGAAGGGAGUAUACCAGAGGAAUUGUUGGAGUUACUGUUGACCUUGGCUUCAUCUUGGGAAGAUGUUACAGAUGUGAAUACCUUCAAGGUGAUUCCUCUAAAGGGCGCCAUGACUAAUGAGGUAUUCCGGAUCAUUUGGCCUACGAAAGGCAAAGAUAAUUUACGAACUGUUUUGGUUCGUGUUUAUGGUGAAGGUGUUGACAUGUUCUUCAACCGAGACGAAGAAAUUCGGACUUUUGAGUGUAUGUCAGAACACGGCUAUGGUCCUAGGCUGCUCGGGCACUUUCCAGAUGGCAGGAUUGAAGAGUUUAUUCAUGCCAAGACUCUGUCAGCUGCCGAUCUUCGUGACCCUGAGACUUCGGCUCUGAUUGCUGGCAAACUAAGAGAGUUCCAUGAACUUGAUAUGCCUGGCUCGAAGAAUGUGGCACUAUGGGACAGAUUGAGAAACUGGCUAUCCAAGGCAAAAAGUCUCUGUACUACUGAGCACGUGAAGGAAUUCUGGCUGGACAAGUUGGAAAAUGAAAUCGAUAUGCUAGAAAAAGAGUGUUCUCAGGAUGAACAGGAGAUUGGAUUUUGUCACAAUGACCUGCAAUAUGGUAACAUCAUGAUUGACGAAAGUACGAGAUCAAUUACUCUAAUUGAUUAUGAGUAUGCUAGUUACAAUCCAAUUGCCUAUGACAUUGCAAAUCACUUCUGUGAGAUGGCAGCAAACUAUCACACGGACACACCACAUAUAUUGGAUUACAAUGUAUACCCUGAUGUAGAGGAACGCCAAAGGUUUAUUCGUGCUUAUCUCAGCUCUGCAGGCCAAGAACCCAGUGAUGCUGAAGUUCAGCAGCUAGCUGAGGACAUCGAGAAAUACACUCUUGCAAACCAUUUGUUUUGGGGACUAUGGGGAAUUAUUUCGGCAUAUGUCAACAGUAUUGACUUUGAUUACAUUGAUUACGCAAGGCAAAGGUUGGAGCAGUAUUGGUUGAAGAAGUCUAAGAUAUUAGGCAUCUCCAUGGACUCUUUGAAUUUGAAGGGUCAAGCAACAGAUGUAGAAAAAUGA